AUGGGUUUUCGAAGCAUUUUUUGGAAGGUGAUUUCCGGAAAAGCUCCUGAUAGCGGAUGGGUGGAUUGCGGCAGCGUUGAGCACUUCGAGCCCUACACACCCGGUCAAUUGACGAAAAACUUCACAGCUACCGUGGCCGAUGAGAUCAGUGUGACGCGUGGCACGACGGUGAAAGCGCUCUAUCGCGACGAUCAGUGGGUUUACGUGCAACUGUCAGACGGACGACGCGGAUUCGUUCCGCAGGCCUACUGUAAGCUGUAUUUGGGAGCGGCGGGCGAGCGCGGCAAGACCUCGUCGAGGACUACGGUACAGCCACGCCAGGCGAUCAGCGCGGCGAGUUUGGAGCGCAAAUGGGAGAAGUCGAAUUUGCAGAGGUUCAUUGAUAGUCUGCCCGUUCAGAAGGACGACGGCAUCCCGUUUGAGCUGGAGGAGAAAUGUCGCGCCAGCGUCCUCCACGAGUUUAGCGCAAUUUCGCCGGACGAUCUGAGUGUUCGCCAAUCGGAAAUGGUGACCGUGCUCAACACGAGCGAUUCGGAAUGGGCCUACGUGCGCAACGAUAGCAAUCAGUUGGGAUUCGUGCCCUCGAGCUUCCUUGAUCUACCGCGAAUCGAGUGUGAGAAGAAGUUUGACAAAUGGUAG